AUGGACAAUACUGGUGAGGCAAAAUUACUGUUGUUUGAUUCAAUUUGCUCUGAGAUUAUUGAGGAGUCUGCCCCAUCAGUUCUUGGUGGCUCAAUUGAUGAAAUCAUAGACCCAGAAAAUUUGCCUUAUCCUGUGAUAAAUCUUCUUGGAAAGGCUUAUCUCUUUCUGGUGAAUGUUGAGAAAGCAAACAUAUGGGAUGGUAAAGACACCUAUAAGGUCUCGAAAGUCCUCUUGAAAGAUGGCCUAAUCGAAGAACAACUGUUGGAGAAUUCAUUUGAGAACGUCAAUGCAGCGUCUAUUUUAUCUGGUGACCAGGGACCUUUCAUGUUAGAAAACAGUCCGGAUAUUACCGACUCUAUUACUCCAUCUUCCAAGCGUGUUUAUCCUGCUAAUGGAGGGAUUUCUGAUCAAAACUCAACUUCCAAAAAGUUUUGUAUUGAACCAAUAGACGUAGAAAAGUCUAAUCCAGAAUUUGGAGUUGUAGGACUUCAUGAAAAAGCUGAAGGAUCAAACGACAAAGAUUGGGUUGGAAAACAGAAGGGUGUCUAUAAUGGAAAUGUUGUGGACAACUCAGUCAUUUGA